UCCCGGGAUUCUUCAGCAAUUCAUUGUGCUUAAUGUACAUGUUUCUGCACCGUGCAUUUAGGAGAUCCCAGAGAAGAAUCCAAAACGGCUGCGGGGGAAAGACCACCAAACAUGCCUACAGAAACACUAACCACAGGUAGCAUGGUGAAGACAGUCAGCCCCAGCGCGGUGGAGAGGCUAGAAGCCGACAAGGCAAAAUAUGUCAAGAGCCAGGAGGUCAUCAACGCCAAGCAGGAGCCCGUGAAGCCGGCAGUACUGGCGAAGCCGCCGGUCUGUCCUGCGGCCAAGCGAGCACUGGGGAGCCCCACCUUGAAGGUCUUCAGCAACAAUGCAAAGACCGAGAGUGGUGUCCAGAGGGAAAAUCUGAAACUCGAGAUUUUGAAGAACAUCAUCAACAGCUCCGAAGGGUCCAGCUCGGGUUCGGGGCAUAAGCACGGACCCCGAAACUGGCCGCCCCACAGAGCCGAUUCGACGGAGCUGAACCGACAUUCAUUCGCCGAAUCUUUGAAGGUUUACCCCACGCAGGGCCGUAGCAGCCCGCAGGAGAGCAGCUCCAACGUCAGCAGAAGGCUCCUAGAUCAGUCAGCAGAGACUUUCUUGCAUGUCUCUCACAGCUCCUCAGACAUUAGGAAAGUAACUAGUGCAAAGCCCUUAAAAGCAAUACCCUGCAGUAGUUCAGCCCCACCUCUGCCUCCAAAGCCCAAAAUCGCUGCCAUCGCCACCCUAAAAUCCCCAGAGAUUGAGGCAGUCGAGUCUGGAUGCGGAGUUAGUAGAAGACCCUCCCUACAGCGAUCAAAAUCAGACUUAAGCGACAGAUACUUUCGUGUCGACGCAGAUGUUGAACGAUUCUUUAACUACUGCGGACUGGAUCCUGAAGAGCUUGAAAACCUCGGAAUGGAAAACUUUGCAAGGGCUAACUCUGAUAUUAUAUCCCUCAACUUUCGCAGUGCAAGCAUGAUUAGCUCAGACUGUGAACAGUCUCAGGACAGCAACAGUGACCUUAGAAACGAUGACAGUGCCAAUGACCGUGUGCCAUACGGCAUUUCUGCCAUUGAAAGGAAUGCCAGAAUCAUCAAGUGGUUAUAUAGCAUCAAGCAAGCUAGAGAGUCACAGAAAGUAUCCCAUGUGUGAGAGAGAGAAAUCCACCAUAGAAAAAGCAAGGACUGUAUCUUUGUCUGUGAAUAUUCGGUUGUGAAGGGUUGUGAAGUCUACUUGAAGUCUUGUACACUUCUCAAAUCUCUUUGUGUUGCUUGUUGUGCAAUGUUUCCAAGUUGCAUGCCUGUCAACAUGUGAGCUGACCUGGCUUCCACUUGAACAAUAACUAACUACAAAGCCUGGCUGAGCAUACACAUUAUCUGCCAAAAGUUUAAGACGAGAAUCUAAUUAGGGCUUCAGUAUAAUCAGAGUGUUUACAUGGAAAGGUUUUAUGGCUUCUUUGGUAUUUAUGUGGUUCCUUGUGGAUUUUAUAUAUGUCACUUUUUGUCUUAAUACAGAUAUUGUCAACUGAUGUUACCAGUUUCUAAGUUGAAUCCCUUUGGGGGGAAAGAAAAGCAAAAUUGGCCAAAACAAGAAGUUUAGACGGUCAACGGUAGGCAAAGCAGCCUUAUCUCCUGCAGGAAGUGCAUUAGUGGCACAUGCAAAACUGUUUCUAGAAGGCAAAGAAUGCUACGUUCUUAAAUUAUGUAUCAUUGUUAAAUUAUAUAUCCCUACUUGUAGUAAGGGACUGUUCAGUAAAGUUUUCUUUUUUCUAGGUAAGCUCCCUCGGCUUUACAGCCAAAGUAGUCUAGUGAAUCUGCUUGACCUCUCAUAAACUAAAUGAGACUUGCAUUUGGGUUGGUGAUUAUGAUUUUGUAUUAUCCCUCUUGGAAAAGGUUAAUGAAGGUUGGAGUCAACCAAUGAAAACUGUGUAGGUAUGGGAUUUUGCGGGUUUGGUUUUUACUUAAAGAUUCCUGGUCUUAAACUUUUGACAGGAAUAAUUAGAUCCUAUAGCUGAUACUGAAUGCCUUUACUAGUCAAACACAUCAUGACUGCAAACUCCAUGCUGUCUUUUAAUUUUUUUGUAGACCUAUUUGAACAGUUAAUGAACAAAAAUGGAAACACACAGCCAUAUCAAUAUAACGCCUCCUAUUCAGAAGUAAAUACACUCAGUAGCUGAUCUAUAUCUGAAAAAUUGUGAUUAUGUUGUCUUGCAUAUGUUAUAUCUAAGGCUGUGAAAAUUUGUUACAGCUCUAGAAAAGUGUAGACACAUGACAGUAUGUAGCUUUUCUUUUAUUUUUUCUUCUUUCCUCUCUAUGAUGGUUAGUGCUGCAGGUCAACCUGUUACAAAUCUUUUGACAAUCUGUGUCUUCCCAGUGGUUUAAUUAACUGUCAUUUCAACGGACAGUGGUGGUGUGGUAGCAAAGAAGUUGAAAGUACAGUGGUCUGCUUCAUUAUUAUUGUAUACAUGCUUUGAAGUAAAUUGCAGCACUACCUUAUACUUCAUCAGCUAAUAGGAAACUUUUUUAUUGUGUAAAUGCUGUAAGACUUUGUAUAUACUUCAGUUGUUACGAAAUCUUUAAAAGGAAGAGUGUUAUGCUAAUAAAUAGCUCCUGGUGCAGGUAUGGUAGGUUUUUUGUUCUUUUUUUUACCCCAUGCAUUCUUAAAACUGUAUCGGGAACUCAGUUGCAGUGUGUUUUAGUGCUGUAGAAGGUCUUGGUUAAAUAAUAGUUCCAGGAAAAUGUUUCUUUUACUGAAGUGCUUUUCAGAAUAUAUAUUUUUUUUAGAAAGUAACUAUAGCAGCAUGAUCUGUCUGAAGAACUAGAAGAGAUUUUCAAGACUCCUAAAAUAUCUUGCUUCUUCCUUACCUAGCAAUGUUACUGUUCCCAUAUAUAGCAUCUGUUCAUAAUGAAUCACCACAGUCUUCUGAAUUAUUCUUCAGUAGUGCUUAUUUAUAUAUUUGGAUAUCAAACAUGUUUUACAGGUUCUGUCUUUUCUCUAAGAAGCCUGUAGCCCGACUUCUUACCGAUAGCCACAGUUAAUGCAGGCAAGACUGGAAGCAGAGCCAUGCAGUCAUUCGUUGCCUAUGAAAUUUUCGUACAUCAAGUUUUAUAUAAUUGUUUUUCGAAUGAUUGUUCAUGGGGGGGAAAAAAAAGCACACAUUCAGUUUUAGGAGGCUACUCUCUGGUUUUUACAGUUGGCUUCACAACCUAAGACUUACAACAUUCCUAGUUCAG